AUGGCCACCGGCCUCAGCCCGGACGAUCAUCUGUCGCCGACCCUUCUGUCGGCCCAGCAGACCAUGCUCCUUCUGCUGCUCUCGGUACUGGCCGCCGUGCACGUGGGCCAGUGGCUGUUAAGGCAGCGGCGGCGGCAGCCGGGCUCCGCGCCCCCGGGUCCCUUUGCUUGGCCGCUGAUCGGAAAUGCGGCAUCAAUGGGCUCGGCGCCGCACCUCUUGUUCGCACGCCUGGCGCGGCGCUACGGCGACGUCUUCCAGAUCCGUCUCGGCAGCUGCCGGGUGGUGGUGCUGAACGGCGAGCGCGCCAUCCGCCAAGCGCUAGUGCACCAGAGCGCGGCCUUCGCCGACCGGCCGCCCUUCCCCUCUUUCCGCGUGGUGUCGGGUGGCCGCAGCCUGGCUUUCGGCCAGUACUCGGAGAGCUGGAAGGCGCAGCGGCGCGCGGCGCACAGCACAAUGCGAGCCUUCUCCACGCGCCAGCCGCGCGGCCGCCGGGUCCUCGAGGGCCACGUGGUAGGAGAGGCGCGGGAGUUGGUAGAGCUGCUGGUGCGCCGCAGCGCGGGCGGCGCCUUCCUAGACCCGCGGCCGCUGACCCUGGUGGCUGUGGCCAACGUCAUGAGCGCCGUGUGCUUCGGCUGCCGCUACAGCCACGACGACGCCGAGUUCCGCGAGUUGCUCAGCCACAACGAGGAGUUUGGGCGCACUGUGGGCGCGGGCAGCCUGGUGGACGUGCUGCCCUGGCUGCAGCGCUUCCCUAACCCGGUGCGCACCGCCUUCCGUGAAUUCGAGCAGCUCAAUCGCAACUUCAGCAACUUCGUCCUAGACAAGUUCCUGAGGCACCGCGAAAGCCUGCGGCCCGGGGCCGCCCCCCGCGACAUGAUGGACGCUUUCAUCCACUCUGCGGGGGCUGACCCUGGCGAUGGUGGCCCGCGCCUGGACGUAGACUGCGUGCCCGCCACGGUCACGGACAUCUUCGGCGCCAGCCAGGAUACGCUCUCCACCGCGUUGCAGUGGCUGCUCGUUCUCUUCACCAGGUAUUCAGAAGUGCAGGCGCGGGUACAGGCAGAACUGGAUCAAGUGGUGGGUAGGCACCGGCUGCCCACCCUGGAGGACCAGCCCCACUUGCCCUACGUCAUGGCCUUUCUUUAUGAAGCCAUGCGCUUCUCCAGCUUUGUGCCCGUCACCAUUCCGCACGCCACCACGGCUAGUGCUUCCGUCUUGGGCUACCACAUCCCCAAGGACACGGUGGUGUUUGUUAACCAGUGGUCUGUGAAUCAUGACCCGGUGAAGUGGUCGAACCCAGAGGACUUUGACCCAACCCGAUUCUUAGACAAGGAUGGCCUCAUCAACAAGGACUUGGCGGGCAGCGUGAUGAUUUUUUCUGUGGGCAAACGGCGGUGCAUUGGGGAAGAGAUUUCUAAGAUGCAGUUGUUUCUCUUCAUCUCCAUCCUGGCUCACCAGUGCAAUUUCAGGGCCAAUCCAGACGAGCCUUCGAAAGUGGAUUUUAAUUACGGCCUGACCAUUAAACCCAAGUCAUUUAAAAUCAAUGUGACUCUCAGAGAGUCUAUGGAGCUCCUUGAUAGUGCUGUCCAAAAGUUACAAGCGGAGAAAGAGUGCCAGUGA